UAUGAUUUUAACAACAAAAAAACGUGUUUAAAUUCCUGAAGAACAACAAACGACUUGCUAGUAUUUCCAAUUUCACCACUCAAUUCCGAUUUUUCCACGAAAAUUUGUUGAAGAAAUACAAAGAAAAACAAAAAAUGGAGCAAAAUCAGAGAAGUUUAUCUUCAGAAUCCUCACAAAGCCCUAAUUCUCCUCAAUAUCAAGCACCUUUUCUUUCAGUUUCAGUCUCUGAUCCUGUCAAAUUGGGCAAUGGUGUCCAAUCUUAUAUCUCUUACAGGGUCUUCACUAAGACAAAUUUGCCGGAUUAUCAAGGACCUGAAAAAAAUGUUGUUCGACGAUACAGUGAUUUUGUUUGGUUACGAGAUCGCCUUUUUGAGAGAUACAAAGGCAUCUUUAUACCCCAACUUCCAGAGAAAAGUGCUGUUGAGAAAUUUCGAUUCAGUGCUGAAUUUAUCGAAAUGAGACGACAAGGACUGGAUAUAUUUGUUAACAGAAUUGCAUCACACCCUCAACUUCGCCAGAGUGAUGAUCUGAGGUUGUUCUUGCAAGCAGAGGAAGAGACGAUGGAGUUAGUGAGGGCUCAAGAGCUUAGUAUUUUCAAGAAGCCUGCUGAUCUGAUGCAAAUAUUCAAGGGCAUGCAAUCCAAAGUAAGUGAUGUUGUUUUGGGCAAGGAGAAGCCUGUUGAAGAAUCAACUCCUGAGUAUGAGAAGAUGAAACACUAUAUCUUUGAGCUUGAGGUCCACUUGGCAGAAGCACAGAAGCAUGCCUUUCGUCUUGUUAAGAGGCAUAAAGAGCUGGGACAAUCACUGUCAGAUUUCGGUAAAGCAGUCAAGCUCUUAGGUGAAUGUGAAGGAGAUUCUCUUGGAAAGGCAUUUUCUGAACUCGGCACUAAGUCAGAAGCAUUGUCAAUCAAGCUGCAAGCAGAGGCACACCAUUUAUUAAUGAGCUUUGAAGAACCUCUCAAAGAUUAUGUUCGUGCUGUGCAGUCUAUCAAGACUACUAUAGCAGAAAGAGCUUCUGCCUUUAAGCAGCAUUGUGAGCUUGCGGAAACAGUGAAGCUGAAGGAGAUAAAUUUAAACAAGAUGACGCUUACUAGAUCGGACAAGUAUGCAGAUGCUGACGCUGAAUAUCGGCAGUUAAAAGCGGAAAGUGAGGAAGCAACAAGAAGGUUUGAAACCAUUGUUCGAUUAAUGAAAGAAGAGAUGGAACGCUUUCAAGAACAGAAAACGGCAGAUAUGGGGACAUUGUUGCACGAAUUUGCCAAAGGGCAAGCACGCUUGGCUAAAAGCAUUGCGGCAGCUUGGGGAGGUUUGCUUCCAAUGCUUGAAGCCUGCUCGUCGUGAUGAUCAUGGCUUAAGGUAAUACAACCAGAGCCGAAUAGGAAUGGGUUGAAGGUCUGUAGGAUCACCAAGAGUGAUUGUUUCUCUUGUAAAGGAUUUUUCGGCUUUUGCUUUUCAGGGACGAACUAAAUUUUUUUCAUGUGUUAAACAUCUCAUAUUUUUCUAGAGAUUCUUACUUGUAAUAAUAUGCACAUAAAGAAGAUUAAGACUAGCAAAAUUCUAUUUGUAUUUUAGCAACAUUUGCAGAAAAUGUGUACUCAAUGAAUUGAUGCAUAUCAACCUUUUUAUCCUUA